ACAUCACGUCCGCGCCAAUGAAUCGCGACGAAUGGGUCUGGGUUGGUGCCGGGUGAGGAGGCGAGCCCGGUCGAUUGCACGGUGGAAGUCCCAUGCUUUCCGUCAUUCCUUCUUUUGCGCCGUUCUCCUCAAUACAGCUUCAUGGUGGACUGGAAGAAGCACAUUGCGAACGCCAACUGGCCCAUGGUCAUCUACCUCGGGUACUGUCACGCUCUCGCUGUUGCUGCGAUUCCGUAUUUCACAUCAUGCAUGUGGCAAACGUGGGUGUGGACGUUGACGUGCUACCAACUUGCUGGCCUCGGCAUCACGGGUGGCGUCCACCGCCUCUGGUCGCACAAGGCGUACAAGGCAGCCGACUCUGUCCGCGUGUUCCUCAUGUUGUGUAACGCGAUGGCCAACCAAGGCACGAUCUACCACUGGUCCCGCGACCACCGUGUGCACCACAAGUGGAGCGAAACGGAAGCCGACCCGCAUAACGCGAACCGUGGGUUGUUUUUUGCCCAUGUCGGUUGGUUGCUCGUGAAGAAGGAUGCUAAAGUGAUUGAGGCCGGCAAAAAGAUCAACUGCGAUGACUUGAAGGAAGACUGGGUUGUGAUGUUCCAGGAACGCCUGAACCCGUGGAUCAACUUGUUCAUGUGCUUUGUUUUCCCCAUGCUUGUGGCCACGUACGGGUGGAACGAGUCGUGGGUGAACGGCAUCUUGGUCUGCGGGUUUUUCCGCUACGUGUUCGUCCUGCAUGCGACGUGGCUCGUCAACAGCGCUGCUCACUUCUACGGCACCAAGCCCUACGACCCCGACAUGGGCCCGACCGAAAACACCUGGGUCGCGUUCUUCGCCAUGGGCGAAGGCUGGCACAACUGGCACCACGUGUUCCCGUACGAUUACGCCGCCAGCGAAUUCGGCAUCUCGGCGCAGUGGAACCCAACCAAGUUGUUCAUCGACACAAUGGCUAAGCUGGGCUUGGUCACGGAUCGCAAGCGCGCGCUGCAAGCAUGGGAAGGGCGCAAGGCCCGUCUCUAUGCCAAGGCCGUCGACGACGCCGUCAAAGCCAAGACUGCUUAAUUGAACAGACAGCAUAACGUUAACUUCACACUUCAAUAUUUGUAUUAGCAAUUGCCGGGUCAAGUUAAAUCGAGGGAAUGAACCGUUUGCCGAUCGACUCGCUGCGAACUGUUUCCUACAUGUGCCUGGGGCAUCCUCAAGUGCGAUUGCUGGGGAAUGGCACCGAGCGAAAAUCUAGUACCGCCAUGGCAUGGCGCGGAGCCAAAGCAAGCCUCCACAUACGGACGCGCAGUAGUAAUCCAUUGACCUGCUCGAGUCCUCCUCACAUGUCUUCAGACAAUGCUCCACAGCAUUAACGCACCCUGGCAGCUAUCGUACCUUGUUCGUGUUUGUCAAGGCGGCGUUACGAGCCAAAGGAACGACGCGUCGCCCAGAUGGAGGCUUACGAGUUCGCUACCACAGCGAAUCCAUCCUAGUCGGAUAAUGCCAGGAAAACGCCAUGGUCUCCCACCGUGUAUAGUGUCGAGAAUGGCUUGCAACCCAUCCGAUGUUCGAGUGCGAUCGAGUGUGCCUAGCGCAUUGGCACUCAUCCAGUCGACCUUGCUUGUGGGCGUCAAGAUGAAGGUCCAACAUCUGCCGAGAUCGCUUUCAAGUUGACAGUCCCUCGGGAUCUUCCCACGACGAUCUCUGCGAUCAACUCCAAAGUCUCGAGACCGCCACGACCAAGCAGACCACGAUGUCCCUGCCUCCUCACGCUGUCGACGGCAUUUCAGGCAUUGUGGACGAACGCAUUUCUUGAAUGUCAGUUGAUCUUCUCACGAGUGCCGGUCGACGGGAUUCAUACGUCUGGUGCUGAUUGGUCCCAAGAACACGUGGUCGUGGCGGCAGCUAGGUGGGACACGUGGUCGCGGUGGUAGCUAGGUCAUUCUUGCACGUGCUUGAUCAUCCCACGACGCAGGUACACCAUGCGCAGCUUAUGUGGCGCCACGCCGAGCCUCUCCCACCAUGAACAUCCAGUUGGAUUUGCGUGACAGAGGGCGAUGGAAGGUGGUUCCUUGGAGCAUCGCAGUACCUGCAUCUCCUGCAUUCUCGUCGUUCGCUUCGGCACUUCCACGGGCUUCCUAACCACACGAAGACACAGUCCACAGAUCACCGCGCAGUCGCAUCUCGGCGCCACCUUCGACGAUGC